ACUGUUUCAAAACGAAAGUACGGUGCCUGACGUCACGAACAAACUUUACAAAAAAUGUCAGUCUCAUAACUAAUCGUAAGAGAAGUUUGACAGCUCUUAGUGUUAAAAGCUUAAGAAUUGGAGGAAGGAGUUGGCCAGCUUUUCUGAUCCACCCCAUCCAAAAGUAUUGUCAUGGCAACUUCAAGCACAAAUGACUCUUCUGUGUCUACAAGUCUUGCAGCUUCAUUACCUGCAAAGGCAAAUUAUGACUUCCCAGAUAUUUCUGAUUAUUUAAAAACAGAACUAGCCAUAGCACUUGAUGGCCUAUGUUAUGAGGCAUACAGACAGUCGGUAACACUUCGGCCAAUCAGAAUUCGUAAUUGUAACGCAGCGGAUUCCAACCGCGGCAAAUCAUUCUCUGAAGCGUAUUGUGACGUAGAAAUGGAGUCGAAUAAAGCAUUCUUGUUGGGAGAUAUAUUCCGCCAUGGACUUGACAUGCUUAUAGAAUUCAUAGAAAAUAAAACAAUACCUGAAAGCAAGGAGAAGCAAAUUGUGUUAAGGAAGUUGCUGUCAUUCAUUAAAUCAAUUGAUGAAGGCAAUGGUUUACCUGUUGAUGACCUUGAGCAGCUGUCAGAGACAGAGUUAUCUCUUCUUUUGGCCAAUCAUUUUUAUGGGAAGCUGGCAACAACCAAUCGUUAUUUGAUCAACAAAAAUCGCGCAGAUCAAUGUAAAAUUGGUUGCCCCUGCGAUCAGCGCAAUUGUGAACUUAACGGAACCUUUGGUGAUACUAGUUUAGGUAACACACAGGUCUGGCAUGGAGACAUAGACAUCCUUAUGAACAAUGAUAUCAUCCUCGAGAGUGUCAAUGAAGAAAAGACGGGAAACUCUGGUGGAAAAUCAGCUGAAACAAAGGCAGCAACAGAGACUUUGUCGAAGAAUGGACAGGUAAUUGCAGAGACAAUUGUGUUUUCUUUCCUACAGAGACAAACUCAUCCGGAAUGGAGUAGUUUCUUAACACCAUGUGUUGCAGUUGGAGGACUUAAUAUGCUUGUUAUGUUUUAUGAUUGUGAGCAUGAUGUUCUCUUGGAAAGUUCAAUGAUUCCUUUAUUUGAAACAACAGAAACAUCUGAGGAGACACCAAGAAGGAUUAACAUGGCAGCCAUCUUAGUUUCAUGGCUCAUUGUCAACUAUAAAUACUUCUGCUCUGGCUUGACUAAAGACAUGAAAGUCACAUAUAAAGCAGAGUUCUUCUCUCAGAUGAGGGACAAGGUUGAUAUUUAUGAAAAGAGGAUGUCAUUUGGAAAUGUUGGAACUUCAGAUUGUUCAAGGCUGAAAAGCAGAAAACGUGAAAGAGUUGUACGAAAUGAAUACCUGUAUGAAAAACACAGUAAACUGAGUAAAAUGAUGUUUGAAAGGAAUCAUUGGAGUUGGAGUGACAUUUAUGAGUAAUGAUUUCACCACUUAUUUUUCACUAGUUUAAUGUUGAUGAUAAAAAAAAAAUUCCUGUGUGAAUGUUUAAAUGGACAGAUGAAUAUUGUACUCUUGUUGGUUUUUAACCUUGCUAAACCAAUUCUUAAAGUUUGUAAUCAAUAUUUCAAUAUGUCAAUAGUGAUGAUCAGAUGUCAGUGAUGAUGAUGAUCUUAUUGAUCAGAUGUCAAUAAUGAUGAUGAUGAUGUAAUUGAUCAGAUGUCAAUGAUGAUGAUGAUGAAAUUGAUUAGAUGAUAUAGUUGAGGAGUGCUUAUACAUAAUGCUGUUUUUUUUCACUUAUUAAAAGUCCAAAAGCAAUUAUGAUUGAUUCUAUUUUUUUUAAAUUUUAAUUUAACUAUUAAAGUUAUUAAAAGGAACUGUAAAAGAAAUGCAACAAAAGAGAUCAAUCAAUAAAUGAAAGCAAGUAAUAUGAUUUACUUAAGCAAAAUCAUAUUUGAACAAUCUCAAAAAAGGUUUGUUCCUCUGCUUUUAAAGAGAUAUUUUUGUUCACUUCUAGUCUUAAAACUCUGCACUAUUUAUUAAUUUGUAUAUAAUUAUAUUUAUCACAUGUUUUUCUCAAUAUACGAUGGAUAUCACUCAUGGGAUAAAUUUUUGAUAUUACACUGUGUUUGUACGCCACUUGAGGUCAUAAAUAAACAUUACGUAGCUUUAGGGGAUGAUUGACGUAUAAUAAAAAAGUAACAGAAUAGUUCAGUUAAAAAUAUAUAGAGUUAUAGAUGUGAAGCAAUUUUUUCUGUUUUAUUUUUUUCAUAAAUUGUAUGAAAAUUCAAUACUUGGGUGUUACUCUUGAAAGAACUUUUUUUCCGUGCGUGAGGUUGUUGACCUCUCUCAGUAAAUGUGUUGUGCGGCUCACAUUUAUAAUAUUUACAGAAAAAAUUGAGCUUUAACAAAAUAUGUGGAAAACGUGAUGAAAAGAAUCUCUCAUGAUUUGCAAUGGUAUAUGAUUUUUAUCCAACCCGUUGUAUGUUUUCUAUCCCUUCCUCAAGGCUCGGGAAUAGAAAACACAAAACUCCUAUAUUUAUACUCCAAAAUGCCA